AUGGGAAAGCCACAUGUGUUAGCCAUGCCAUAUCCAGCCCAAGGCCAUGUGAUCCCAUUGAUGGAGCUCGCACAAUGGCUGGCUCACAACGGCAUCAGAGUCACCUUCGUCAACACCGACUUCAACCACGCCCGAGUCAUGAGCUCGCUGUCAAGCAUAAGCGAGCUCAUCACUCUGGCCUCUGUCCCCGACGGCCUUGAGUCGUGGGAGGACAGAAACGACCUCGCAAAGCUAGAAGCAUCGAUGCCCGAGGCUGUCCCUCGAGCACUCGAGGCUCUCAUCGAGAAGAUAAACACAACGGAGAGUGAUAGAGUCACUUGUCUCAUCACUGAUUAUGGCCUAAUAUGGGCUCUGGCUUUGGCUGACAAACUGGGGAUCAAGAAAUCGGCUUUCUUGCCUGCCCCGGUCGCCCUCCUCGCGCUUGCCAGGCAUUCCAAGAGCCUCCUUGAUGAAGGGAUCGUUGACGGCGAUGGAACACCCUUGAAGGCGGACCACGUGAUUCACCUCUCUCCAGAGAUGCCUGCAAUGAAGAUUCAAGAAGCAGUAUGGCUGCAGAUUGGUAACUUCUCAUCACAACAACGCAUGUUCCAAUCCAUGGCAAGAAACAUAAAGGCGGAGACUCUCCCCGACUCGAUAAUCUGCAACUCGUCCCACGAGCUAGAGGCCGGAGCUCUAAAGCUCCUUCCCGACCUCAUCGCAGUCGGCCCUCUCCUACCAAGCACGCGCCAAGGCCAGUCCGCUGGCCUAUUCUGGCCAGAGGACUCAGCUUGCCUGUCCUGGCUGGACAUGCAGCCCCCAAACUCCACAGUAUAUGUGGCGUUCGGGAGCUUCACUCUCUUUGACGAGAGCCAGUUCCGUGAACUGGCUCUCGGCCUAGAACGCUCCGGGAGGCCUUUUCUUUGGGUCGUGAGGCCGGACAUGACUCAAGACGCGGAGAAAUGCUACCCGGAGGGGUUCAAGGAGAGAGUGGGGAGCCGCGGGAAGAUGGUGGGAUGGGCGCCUCAGCAGAGGAUGUUGUCCCACCCUUCUGUGGCUUGUUUUGUUAGUCACUGUGGAUGGAACUCGACGAUGGAGGGCGUGUGCAGUGGGGUGCCUUUCUUGUGCUGGCCUUAUUUUGCAGACCAAUUCCUUAACCAGAGCUACAUUGUUGACGUUUGGAGGGUGGGGCUGAGGUUGGAAAAGGACCAGAGCGGGGUUGUUGCGGCCGGAGAGGUUGUGGAGAAGAUGGAGAUUCUGCUUGGUGAUGGAGGGUACAAGGAUAGAGUGAGGAGUCUUGGAUCCAAGACUGUGGAGAGUGUGAGAGGAGGAGGGUCGUCUUGCAAGAAUCUCACUAGUUUUGUUGAAUGGAUAAAGGAUGAUUGAGGUUGUUUAGAGUGAUUAUCAGUUAAUUUCUUAGUAAGAUUUUCAAAUGUUGUUGGGGUGCAAACUAUAUAAGUAAAA